CCUGUCUCUUUCGCGUGCGUUUUUGUGACACCACCGACACACCUUGUCGCGAGCGUCACAUCUUUUUGACAGUAAAAGUCUACUAGCUUAACUCAACAACACUCUGCUCUCCUCGUCGACGUCUGGCAACCCUCGAGUCUGAUCAACUCGAAAUUCCGACUUGUCGAGACCUUCAAGACCGAUUAGCAUCUCAUCUCCAACUGAGAUGCCUUACAACCUGCGAUCUCGCCGGGCUUACUCGUCGCCGGCCGCGCCUGCGUCCAGCCCGAUGGUACCUGGUAAGUUCCAAGUUGCUAAAACUGAGAACGUUGAUCCUGCGCUUGACAGGGAGGACGGUCUCUCGGACCACGACAGCGUCUACUCCGGUGGGCGCUCGUCAACGAGUGUUCGGCGCGGUCUGCUAUACAGCCGCGUCGUCACUCCAGAACAGUCGGCGGCGCCUGGCGCCCCGACAGAGGGCUCCGCUGUCAGCUCAGUCGACAUGAGCUUGGAUUCAGUGCGCGGCACCGACCUCGGUCGGAAAGCGGCACUGUACGCCAGAGGUGUGGAGGGCGCGUUCCUUCCUACCGACGGUGAUUAUCCGGACAACGGGGGACGCUGGCACACUGUUACGCGCUCCCGCCGCAGCCGGAGCCUUGAUCCUAUGGACAAGGAUAAUGUGUAUAGGUUAGCUACCAAGGAAAAUACACAUGUUUUGACAACCAACCAGAGGGAAGUCAUUAGGACUGCCGAGGGUGAGCUUCGCCCGGCAGAGCAGGAACACAUCAACAGACGGUUCCGAGUGGUUCACGAGAGACGCAAUCGCGAGCGUCCUGAAUCAAAAGAUGAGGGACCAUCCAUGAGGAUGGACAAAGGCAAGGGUAUUGAUCCUCGCAAUUGGGGUAAUGCAGAGAUCGCUCUGGAGGAUCUUGACAUAGAAGCUCAGAAACGAGCCUACGCGAUCCUGGCCAAUCCAAUGGCCUUGUUCUUGAAUGAGGCAGGCAAUCCAUUGAGUAUUGACAAGCAACGGGAGGCCCUGGAAUAUUGGGGCAGUCUUCAUAAGGUGCCCCAGUCUGGCGGACAAGAGGUUGAAACUGAGGUCCCUAGGGCAGCAGAGGCCGGCUUAUAUACAUGGGGAGAUAAGGGCAGGCUGUGCGCGCUGGUCUGUGCGCAGCAUGCUGACGCGGCCCCGGGGGCCGUAGAUAAUGACGCGUCCAUAUCGGGCAUGUAG